AUGGAAGCCACUCUCUUUGACCCCAAGAGGUGUCAGGGAGUGGACCAUGACAAUGGGGUAUUUGUGUCAAGUAGCAAGGGCGUAUCUUCUUCGGGUAAGAUGUUGAUUCCCAGAUGCCAACUGGUUAACGACGCACAUGGUUAUGACAUCAAGGCGGCAGAUGCCGUGGGGGAAGUGGCUUCAGAAUCAGCGCUCCCUUCUCCUAAGACAUGCAAUCUCUCAAUGGCAGACUUUACGGGCAGGGGCGUAAACAAGGACAGCUUUCCUUUCACGCCCCCGUCCCGGAGCCUUUCGUCUAGUGGAGUCACUUCACCUGUAUACUGCAAUCCCUUAGCAUGCAUGUCUACCAGACUCUCUCGUACACACCUGCGUAGCAAUCCAAAAAAUGUAAAAGAAGGAACAAUGUCUACAGGUAACAGCGAUUAUACUAUUGAAGAAAGUAGCUCGAUGCUAGCCGUCACCAAUGAGGAGCAAUACACGAUAGAGAUGGAUUCGCUAGUCAACCCGGACAUCUCGUGUACCAGUGUCUAUACCGAGUACGAUGACUACCUGGGGGAUCUGGAUGAUCCUGCACAGCUGUACGAAUGCAGACCCUACUAUAUACCGACCAACAUACGGAUCUCUGCUACUCUUUGUGGCUUGAUCUCGAACCUUACUGUUGACGAGCUGGAGGCACAGGCUCCGAAGCUUCCUUUGUUAUUUCCAAGUGGUUGUCACAAAGCCAAGCAUAUCUGGGGGGCAAUUUACCAGGAAGCCCGUGAAGUUCUCCGAGGAACCCAGGUCUCAUCGCAGCUUCCUCCCUUUCACCUGCUCUUCCCCUGCCUCUUUCCCGAACCUCUCUCCAAGCCCGAAGUAAUGGAGCUAUGGGUGCACAUUAUCAUUCUUUUGCACUACUCCAUUACUCACGAGGCAUGGUUUAGUGUUCUAACUGCUGAUUCCGAGAGUCCUCUGGAAUGUGACACACCCAUAGAUGAUUCUUUUACGGGUCUACGUCAGCUUACCAAUGUAGAGAGGUUCCUAGAGUGGCUACAUAUUGAGAGCCGACACACCAGUUCUUUGAGUCGUACUGAAAAACACAGUAUCUCUGGACUGCUUCUUAGGAAUAAAGCUGGUAGCACCGCCCCGAGCAUCCCUAAGGCCUCCAGCUCAAGUCAGCUUCUCUGGUUUCAAGGCGCACAGUUCCAACCUUGUCAACAGCAGCUAUUUGGUAAGUUUAAAGGAAAGACCAAGACUCCUUUGCCCGAUGAGCGGCUAGAUUCAGAGCGGGCAAGCCCAUGUCACACUAAUGGUUUGGUAGAUAACCCUGGUGCAUUCUACUUCGACACAGACCUGGGCACUAGUCUUCAGGGAUCAUAUGAAGAAAAGUGUGCAAGCACUGGAGCACAGAUCAGCCGGGAGCCUCGACGUAGCACUAUUCCAGACCAUGAUGAUAGAAGCAGCGAUCUUUAUUUCCGUGUGUUCUUUUCUGGUAUAUUUGGCCUCAAAUACCUUAAGCCCAUCAACCGGGGAGAUCUCAAGCUCUUAGAAGAAAAGUACUUCCGAUCUAUUGUUGUUGAUGGGAGCAUCUUGCUCCUCGUACUUAAGGCACGAGGUGCCUUCACGCUCGGCUUUUCAUUCUUGAUGACAUACAGGCUUCAAAGACUUGCACUGUCUUUGCACUGGGAAGAUGAGCUCCUACUCCCUAAUGUAGAGAUCCUCUUAAGUUCGCAGUCGCCGGCAGUAGAUUUGGACUUUGCAGACUUCAGUCUAAUCAAGCAGACGAAGCCCGUUUUUACCAAUAGAUCGUCUCUCAACGAUAACAGCGUAGAAUCAGACCCUGUGUGCGAAGAUGUUGGACUGACAGUAGACAACCUUUCUGUCUAUCCCAUUUCCUCGGACACCUCUCUUUCAGCGAAAGUGUUUAAUUCACGGAUAACCUAUGCCAUACAGGACGUGCUCGAGGGAGGGAUGUACGAUGUCCUUUCUAAGCUCACAGACUUGGACCUUCUGGCAAACAGGCCCAUCUCGCUCAUUUCUAAUAUGUCUAAGCAAGGCAGGAGCAAGACAGACAAUACAGUCUUGCGCUCUGUUUGCCAGACUGUCGCUAUUCCUAAGCUGAUAUGCUCCACAGAUCUGUUCGUUCUGGAAAGGAAUGUACUUCCAAUUGUGCAAAACAUGGACACCGACCCCACGCUUGUACAGCAUUUGAUUCGCCUGAUCGAGACCUUGCGGGCGCCACUAAACUUCGAGACUUCGUCUAGCCCCAGAACAGUCCAGUACCGCUACGCUGGAGAGAACAUCACCUUGCCGUCUGUUCCCGGGUGCUACCUUAUCUGCCAAUAUCUAUGCAAGGGACAUUGGCGUAUAUCCAUUACGCCACCUGGUCAAGCGCUGUCUAUUUUGCCGCGCUUUUUCGGGUUCUAUGACUACGUCUAUAUCAAGCCGGACUUCACUAGUGUGAUUAGCAAUCCGUUCCUAUCUCUUCUAUCUAAGGACUACUCAAGGGAGCAAGAGUGGCAUCGCAUAAUGAUAAUACCAAAGCUACGGUCUGCAAUGGUGCACUGCGCUGCAACUCCUGCAGCCAUCGCGGCUGUUGUCAGAACUUUGUCUGGUGUUCAGCGGCACAGGCAGAUUCUUAAGUAUCUUCUAAUUGAAAAUCUAUUUGAUCCUAUUCUAUCUACAGUUGAGUCUCCUGUCAUAGGGCCAGCGGAUUCUGGUUCAGUUAAGCUGAGCUUGAAAAAGGAAAAGCCUGGAGGUCUAAGGAUGAUCAACGUCAAAAGCAAAAAGGACAUGUCUGGAGCUGAAUCCAAACAUACCUCACCGCAUGCUGAGCACAUGGAAAUGCCUUCUAAUUUGCAGCAAUCUUUACCACUGCCUUUGCCACUGCACCCGGCGUCUCCACAUCAAGUUAUAUCUCCUCGUGUGCUCGAUAACGACAUCCCUGAAGUGAUCAAGACUCCCCCGAAGCUACAGAUGCCAGAACACGAUACGUUGGGGACACCAUACUACACCAGCAAGAAAAGAUCCUCCCACAUUAACCAUAUUGAUACCGAGAAUACGCAGUCUGUUGCAUCUGUGAUCAGCCGCACUAUCCCGUCGUGGAAGGUGAGCAGUGCGUGGUCCAAUCCGCCAAGCGUUACGUCACAGGAGACAGAGGUGAUUUCUAUGAUGACAACGUUGAAGAAAAAUGACAUACGCUCCGUGAUCACAUUCGAUCUCAUGCUGCCGCUCUCGACCUCCACGAUAACAGAUCUCCCUAAGCGCUAUGCUGAGUGUAUGCGGAAGUGUGACCGCGUUGUGAAAGCGGGGCUCACCAAUCUUCGUGUUUCUCUUCCACAGAGCACUAUUAGUUAUUACUCAUGUCUCAAGAAGACACCUACCACACUGACCACAGUGGGAUCAUCGGGCUCGUUAUCAUCGAAUUCACAAACUGCAGCUGCAAACCUGACUCCGAAAAUUCUGAUGUCAAACAUUUGCGACUGUACCACACCGACUCAAACACAGGCAGCUGGAGGAUCGCCAACAGAUAAGAUAACUCGUUUGCUUCUAGACUAUUCCAACAACAAGACAUGGACACUGUUACUGGAUGAGUUGUUCAUAAUACACUAUAAGUACGGCUUUGCAGGGGUGGUGCUUCGUGGGAUUGAUUACCCGUAUUUUCUAUCCCAGCCUCUACUGCCAUCCAUUAAGCUAUCUCUUCUAAGAAAACUUACCAUCGACAUCUGGUCGCGCGUGCCAAACUUGAUCUUAUUUGCAUUUGCUGGUGAUGCAACACAUGCCUGCACUCUGAUGAAGGCGGGAAUAAUACCUAUCGUGAGGGACUACAACAAGUGCGAUCUUAAUGAGCUGGACAGAUUUACCAUCCAGGGGAUGAACGAGCCCGUGAAUUUGACUGCAGAAGCCAUACGGCACUCCAUUGUAUCAGUCAGUGCUCAUAACUUCAACAGAUCAGCCUCUCAAGACCAACUUGUCAAUAUAUCGCAGAGCAAUUCAAGAGAUGGGCGACUAACCCCCUUCUUUAAGGAGCCAUUUAGUUUUCACUCCAUCUGUAGCAUGUUUCUCCACAAACCAUUGUCGCUUUUCACGAUAGAUGAUAUUAAUAUGAAAUCAGGGAUUGACGUUCACCGUGCCAUCGAGUCCAUGCACCGCGCAAACAAUACGAUAUCGUUUUGCAAGGCUAUACACAACACCAUGGCUGCACCAGAUCCGGCCUACACCAAGGAGUCAUUGAAGCAGCAGAAGCCGUCUCUCUACACUCAGAUGGAUUACCCUGCCAUCCUUGAUCUUCUUGGACAGAUAACCAUGGCGGAGUUUGUGCGGCACGUCUGCGUUAACGAUAUCAACCAGAUGUGUGGUUCCGGUCUCUGCUACGGCGUAUAUAAGGAUUCCCCAUCUACGCUGACAGUGAUAAUCUCAAAUGUAGGCAGUACACGUCCAUUUCUAGUCUCCAUCCCAGACAUUUGCACAAUAAUGGGUUGCGACCCCAUGUCAUUCAUUCAACUAACAUAUAGGUAUCAAGGGUCUGUGCGCACGAGUGUAGCAUACAAUGCAGUGUACGACGAGCCCAUUCUAAAUUUCAACAAGCCCCUAACAACAGACAAGACAAAUAGAAAAGGGAAGAAAACUGGCAAUAAGUCCACUACUCAGAGCAGCGACACAUUUGAAGGAGAGUCGAAAGAUGACGAACUGAUGCAUCCAUACAGAUCAUACACCGCAUCUCAUGUAGACCUCUCCAGCAUGACCAUGGCCGAUCUCCGCAGGACAUCCUACCUUAAUGGGAGCUACGACUAUUCAGUGGCCAAGUUUCAGAAGAUAAAAAUGUUAUCAACUCAUUGGAACUGCUCUAUAUUAACAGCAGGGGUUGUUGCAUAUGGUGGCGUAGUUGUUACGGCUCCCUCGUGUAGCAUCUUUGCGAUUAAAAUUAGCUUGGUUCCAGAUAGUGCCCUUCGGUUUGUACGGCCCACUAAAUCAGCAGAGUCUUGCUACGACUCGGAAUCCUUCGUUUGCAGCUUGCUUAAUGCCUUCAUGACAAGCGCUGUUUUCGCUGACAAGCAGGCAAUCUCAUCUACGAGCCAGUCUUUCAAGUUACAGCCUACGCAGCAUGCGUGUUCAGCACAGGAUCUAGAACUGUACAUCCGCGAUAUGUGCUGUUGCUUAACCGACACUAUUCUAUGCAUGUCUGACGCAGACACGAUUCAAAAGUCCCAGUCGGUGAUCAACGUAGUAGCACACUCCCAAUUUGCAGUGCUUCUGCUUGCUGCGUCUCACCGCUUAGUAUACCAUGAAGGCAAGGAGGACUCGCUGAUCUCUAAUAGUUUAUCACGGCAAACAGCAAAGCGUGGAGUCAGAAGUCUACUUCUCAUGAAGUCACCCUUGGGGAAGGAAAUUGUUGAAGCUAAAAGCCACACGUCUAACUUACCAAACGUUAAGAAAGGUAUAGAUAUGAUGGAGCUAAUGAGGAUUGUUCCAAGAUAUAUAUUAGAGCUCCUUGCAGGGGCACUUGAGGCCAAUUCCCCCACCAUAUGGUCAAUACCCAUGCACGCUCUUGUCGACGGGGCUCGUUCUAUCUUGUCGUUCUUAUAUCCUCACAUCAAGAAGUCUGCCAAGUAUUCAGAAAACAGGGACUCAUCUGGCCUGCUUCUUAAAAGUAUUCACAUACCCGACGUCAUUAUCAUUGCAUCUCGCUUAAGCAACUUUAUAGCAGUCAAAGCUCUUUUUCUAGCUGAAUCAGGAUACUCUGUCUCCCUUUAUGCGCCGCUCUAUGAGACCCCGCAAGGUCAAGAGUCUAUUCCGAGCCACAUCCUCGGAGACAUUUCAUAUACAGGUGAAACAUAUAGGAAUGAGUACCUUUGGCAUAAUUUCGGAAUCCAUUACCUGCGGAGGCGCCUGUCCAUGGGUACUACUUUGGAGGUCACCCUCCUGCAUAGCUUUGAGUUCUUUUACGACUCUCUUCACGACAAGAACAUCGCCCUAAAUGAUAAGGAGAAGUGUCUCAGCGAGAUUGUCAUAGAUGAAGAGACAAACAACGUCUACUCUGUCUAUAAAUACAAAGAACACAUUGUUUAUAACGACAGCAGUGACGACCGGUCCAUAGACACACCAAUUAAUAAUGGUGGUGGACUGGUCCCCCUCCUUGAUGGAAACGAAGGACAGCAAUUUGCAGAGAAGUCUCUGUUGCGUGCAAAGGUCCUUGCAGAUUUUGUUAAGCACAAAUACAGACUCUACGAAAAUCAAACCGGAAUAGCCCCUCGGAUGAUCAUCUCUACACCCGGCAUAGGAGCAAACGCUGCACUGUCCCUGGCCAUUGCAUUUGGCUCACAACAGGUUCGGAGUCUUAAGUUGACAGACGGAGCCAACGAACACAGCACUUGUGACAUUGACGAAUCGUGCGGAGUUACAUCCGAGUACACAUUUAUAUCUCGGCCAAAGAUGGUGCUUUUGAUGACCCCGAACGUGCGCUCCCUUCUAGAGUAUAUGUAUGAUCUUUUGGGGGUGAAGUUUCUUGACUAUGGCAAGAUUUUCGACUUGAUUAAGCAGUUAGGCAUCCCAGACACGGGGAUCUUGGACUCUUUUCACCCUUACAUUCUGUACAAUUUGCGGGCCGCGGUACUGGACUUCGACGUCAUAUGCGGGGACUUUGAUUCAAUCAAUGUACUCAAGAAGACCCCGUGGAUCAGCUGGGCGCUCUCCAAUAAAGAAAUCGUCGUGAAUGACGAUGAGACUGCGCUCCUGAUCAAAUACGUUCAGUUAUUAACGGACCUCAUUGAAAAGCAGUGA